AUGUCGGAAAGCUGGACAACAUUUCAACGAGGGGAAGAUGAGCUAAGAGAGAUUGAGGUUCUCAUAAUCUCAGCUCAAGACCUCAAGAACGUGAAGCACUUGACCAAAAUGAGAGCCUACGCGGUUGUCUACGUGGAAAAGGACUUCCACAUGGCCAAAACCCAAGUGGACGAGCAUGGAGGGACCAACCCCACAAGGAACCAAUUGGUGAAGGUGAAGUUCCACGCCAAGCUGGCGGAGAAGGACGUGUUGGCGGCGGUGAACGUCGACAUAUACGAGCAUGGGCACGUGAGGGAGAAGCCAGCGGGGAGUGCCAGGGUUUUACUUUGCGAUGUCUUGAAAGGAGGGGAUGCUUCGGAUCCGGUGGAUAACCCGAUUCAGUGCUUGACGGUGCAAGUUUGGAGGAGUUCGGGUAGGCCACAAGGGUUGCUUUGUGGGUUCCGCCAACUGGGAGGUUCUUGA